ACGACGACCAAAUACGUUCUUUUAACAGUGCAAUUAUUAUAUGCGAUAUAUAAGUCUUUCAAUUUAGAAAUAUUUAAUAUUGCAGGUACAUAGCAUAAUUUACAUUAUAACGCAUAAAAGCACAGUGGAUUUCAAAACGGCGAAUAUUCAUAAACCUUGAGUAGUUUUUCUAAUAUUUAAAUGGAGUAUCAUGUUUCAGUAGUCUAUUCAGCCCAUUGCAAGCGGCUAAAUACCAGUGUCGAAAUAGUGUAAGGUGGAUAGGAUUGACAAUGGUUGGGAUUUUUUCUUCCUGUUUGAGAAAUAUUAAUAUAAUAUGACAGUCCAGUCGUGAAUGCGGAUUGUUAUGAAAAAGACUAAGACAACUAUUUGAGACACCUCCAUGACAGAAUGAUAUUUUGGAUAUUUGGUUUGCUCUGCAUGGUACAAUCAUGUAUGGCUGUCUUCAUAAACGGGCUGGACUGCAGACCGGCCUGUGUGUGCUGUGAAGGAGGAAAAGAUCAAUGCGGAUCCGAUGUCAGACAUGGAAAUAACUUUUGUUUGGAUGGCUGCAUCGAUGGAAUAUAUGGCUGGAGAUGUCACAAUGCCUGUCCCGGUAACUGUUCUGCGUGCGAACAGGAGGACGGCAGACCAUGUUACAGCUGCAAGGCUACAUUUUAUGAUACAGGCAGUGAGUGUAGCAAGAGCUGCCCAGUCGGGUGUGAUGGGGGAGUAUGCAAUGAUGAAGGAGCAUGUAGUAAAUGUACAGCAAACUUCGAAGGAACGAAAUGCAAUAUGUGUGUACAAGGAAAAUAUGGUUCAGAUUGUACACACUAUUGCAUUAGUCAGAACUGCCGAUGUUCGAAUGGAACUGAUUGUACUUCUUGUAAAACGGGAUUCUAUGGAAGUAGAACCCUCUGUCAAACACCUUGUUCCCCGGGAUGUCAGGAUGACGUUUGUUAUGAUAACGGAAGUUGCAAUUGUCUAGUUAGAUUUACGGGAAAUACAUGCAGCGAAUGUCAAUCAGGAUACUACGGGCCAUACUGCAAUAUAUCCUGUUCCGUAGGAUGUGUAAAUGGACUGUGUGAAAAAAAUGGGACUUGUUCAUGUCACCCAAAUUUUUAUACAAAUAAGUGUGAUACGUGUGUGGAUAGAAAAUACGGUGAAAUUUGUAACCAAACUUGCAGCGUAGGAUGUACCACAUCGUUCUGUGACAGGACUAAUGGCCAUUGUGAAUGUCUUCCUAACUUUUCUGGCAAUAAAUGCGACCAAUGCAAAUCAGGUUUUUACGAUCAAUCAUGUAACUUACAUUGCUCGGAUAACUGCAUAGGAGACAUAUGCUCACGUUAUCAGGGGAAAUGCACACUUGGUUGUGUUGAUGGAUAUUCGGGUGACAAUUGUACAACACAUUGUGACAAACCAUGCGCAUCGUGUCUGCAAUCUGAAAGAUCAUACUGCGAGUCGUGCCACAAUGGAUACAGUGGACCAACCUGUCGAUGUCCACCCAAUUGCAAAUGUAGCGUUGCAGCUGACGUAUGUACUUCAUGUAAAGAUGGAUACGUCAAUACUGGAAAACAAUGUAUGUGUCAGUCACAGUAUUGUUCCGAAACCGAGUGUGAUAGAUGUGUUAACCAAACGUUUUAUGUUGAUGACAAUGCGUGCUGUGAAUGUCCAGGUAAUUGCAAAGACGGUACCUGCAAGAGUGGGCCUGAGUGUAUAUACGGUUGCAUUGAUGGUUUUUACGGUCGCGAUUGUUCUCAAAGUUGUUCGUUCUUGAAUGAUAAUUGCAAGAGAUGCAAUCAAACUUAUGGAAAGUGUUUGGAAUGUAACAUGGGUUUUUAUCCACAUGAUAAUGGAAGUUGCAUCAGUUGCAAUAGCAACUGUUUGAAUGGGCACUGUAGUUCAAACAUUGGCACUUGUCUAAUCGGCUGUAAAGACACGUUUUGGGGAGACAAGUGUGACAUCCAAUGCAAUUUAAAUUGUGAAACAUGCGCGCAAGACUCGGGAAAUUGUAAUUUAUGUAUAGAUCGUUCAUUCCAUGGACGUUUUUGCAACGAAUCCUGCAGCGCCUUUUGUUUUGAAAGAAAGUGCGAUAAAGGAACUGGUCAUUGUUUGAAUGGAUGCAAUGGAACCUUCUAUGGCAACCUGUGUAAAACUCAUUGUCCUGCAAAUUGUAAGGAAAGUGGAGCAGUAAAGAUAUGUAACGAUGAUGGAAACUGUAAAUAUGGCUGUGUCGAUGGCUACGAAGGCAAUGACUGUUCAAGGAAAACAGACGGGUCUCUAGUAGGAGCUAUUGCGGGAGCUGUGAGUGGCGGCGUUGUACUCAUCGUUGCCGUCGCUGUUGCAUUUUUCUUCUUUCGACGAAGAACAACAAGAAAACCUGCCUCGAGCCAAAACAAGGGAAAUGGUAAUGUAACGUUCCAACCUAGCAUUACCGACGAAAAGAAUAAAAAAUCACAAGAUCGGACAUACUAUAAUGAAGGACAGGUCAAGAGAGAAUCAACGAAGCCAAUUCCAACGAUUUCCCGGCCACCAGCAAACAAACCCAAUGCUGCUAAGCACCAAGUAUCUACCCAUGAAGAAACUGCAUUUGAAAGCGAGAUUGACCUGGAGAUAGAUGACGAGAGGAAUGGGGCUCUUGAGAAUUCUUCAAGAGGUGAUCAGACGUACUACAAUGAACUUGGAUCAUCAACUAUUAAGUCAAAAGUACACAUUAAUCAACUCGUCAAGUAUGUGGACGGAAAGACAUAUGAUGCGUUUAGUGCAGAAUUUGAGAAAUUUUCUAGCGGUCUUGUGAAGCCGUAUGUGGAAUCGCAGAAGCGGGAGAACAUGAGUAAGAAUCGAUACAAAGGCAUUUAUCCAUACGAUGAUUCAAGGGUCAAGGUCACGAGCAGUGGUGGAUCAGACUACAUAAAUGCCAGCUUUAUUGACGGGUAUAAAAAGCCGAAGCAGUACAUCGCCACAUUAGGUCCAAUGUCCCAACAACUGGACGAUUUUAGCUUGUUCUGGAAAAUGAUUUGGCAACAAAGGGUUGAGAAAAUUGUCAUGGUUACCAAUCUCAUUGAACAUGGAACCCCUAAAUGCGAGCAAUACUGGCCAAACCCUGGGGUCAGUAAGAUGUAUGGUGAAAUAAAGGUGGAGAGCCGCUCAGAGGAUGAGUAUGCUGAGUUUACAAGGCGAGCCUUAACGAUGACCAUGGGGACCGAAGAAAGGACGUUGCACCAUCUGCACUUCACGUGUUGGCCUGACAAAGCGAUACCCGACGAUGUAACCGCGAUGAUAGAGUUCCGACAGAGGGUUCAGAGUACGCCGAGUACUCUAAAUGGACCAACGGUUGUGCAUUGCAGUGCUGGUGUCGGCAGAACAGGCACAUACAUUGCUCUGGACAUCCUGACAAAAGAGGGUGAGGCGGAACGAGCCAUUGAUAUCGCGGGAUGUGUCCACAAAAUGCGCCUGAACAGGCCGAAUAUGGUUCAGACAGUGGAGCAGUAUCAGUUUCUGCACACAGCUGUGGUUUACUCGUUGACCUUCGACUGCAAACAAAUCAAGGGAGAGAACUUCGACCAGUUCAUGAAACAACACACUUCAAAAGAACUGAAUAGUCAGUUUAAGCGACUGCAACACACCGUCGAAAAACGAACGAAAGACGAAGCAAUUGCAGUUGAGCGCAAUAAGCAGCACCUGAGUAAAAACAGAGCAAAUGCAGAUAUUCCGGGUAACGAAAACAGGCCAAGACUUUACCUGAACCUCAAACAUGGGGCGUCAGACUACAUCAAUGCUGUAUACAUUCACAGCUUCAGAAUCAAAAAACGUAAUCUGGUAGCACAGACUCCACUUCCAGAGACAGUAAUCGACUUUUUGACCCUUGUUGUCCAAGAGAGUUGUUCAUGUAUCGUCAGCUUCGAAGCUGAUAUGGACAAACAAAGGAAUAUCGGCAUAUAUUACCCAGCGGCAAACCAAGACGUUUUGAAACAGGGAACGUUUCAAGUCAGUUGCUCAAGAGAGGAAAAGAAAACGUUCUACGCAGAGCGAACAUUGACAAUUCAACACAAAGGAGUAGGGACGAGCACUGAACGAACCAUUCCACAUCUUCAAUAUACCGACUGGGAUGAAACGAACAACAUUCCAAGGUCAACUACAAACUUUCUCUCAUUUCUGAACGUGAUAGAGAAUGUCACAAAACAGUCAGGUGACGGGCCGAUCUUGGUACAUUGCUUAGAUGGUGCGGGCAAAAGCGGUCUAUUCUGUGUCGUUUCGUUGCUUCUCCACAAGAUGGCCGUGGAACACGAAGUCAGUGUGCUUAACUCUGUUAGGAAGGUCAAAACCAUGAGGAGGUUAGCGAUCCCGAACCAGGAACAAUUUAGCUUCUGUCACGGAUGUGUUUCUGAGUAUCUAAGUUCCUUUGAUGUAUACGCCAAUUUCAACGAAGAAACGGGAAGACUGUAAGGUUCAUCGAAUUUAAAGUUUAAAAGAAACAUUCAGAGUGUAAAUAUGACAUAGUGCAAACUUAUUUUGUUAUGUUGUGUUAAGUUUUUAUUUUCAAUACGUUUUAUAAAUUAUGAUAGAACCGUAAAGCAUAAAUUUUAUUUCCAGUUACUAACACAACAUGUUCAGUAACAUUUUUUAUAUUCAGCUUCGUACAUACUUGUCCAUUAGUAUUGUUCUAUUUCAUGUUGCAUUCUCUAGUGAUCUAUGAACUAUUUAGAAAGCCUUUAUAAGUGUGUUGUUUAAAGCCAGUCAACAACUUGGAGAACAGAGCUUUCUUAAACUUAAUGUAAAUUCAUUUUUGCUGAUUCUUAUCGAACUUUAAAAACUGUUGUUUUCAUUCACAAUAUCUUAUUAAUUAUAUUUUUUAUAACUACAGUUUUUCUAAUGUCAUAGAACAUUUUUCACUUUGUUGUAUUUGCCAUAAUUUUAAGUGGUGUGAUUUAUAAAUGAAAUCGGUGUCAAUAAUUUUUUAAUGUCAUAGUUGCACAGGAGCUGUUCGUAGCGUAUAAAGGGACUCAAUAAUGUUUUGGCAUUAAAUUUUGUUUUCCCGGUAUUGCAUCUGAAAACACUUGUAUUAUAACAAUUUCACUCUUUGAUACUGAACGAAAUGACACAAACACUUAUUAGAGUGUAAACAAAUGUUCUGGUUUUAAUAGAGAGCGAACCCACGCAGGUACAGUCAAGGUAAAUACACGCACACAAGAACUCAUAAGGAUAACAUUUGUUAAAGAAUUCAAGCCGUCAGUAUUUUAAUUUUAACACUCCUAGUACUUUGACACACCUUAUUUCGUCAUUCAAAAAAGCGCAUUUUACAAAAUCAUGAGCGAUAUCCUUAAAGUUACGGCGUUUUUUUUAAAUUUAGGUUUAUUUACUUAAAGAUCGAGUAUUUAACUAUUAUACAAGUUUUGCAGAAAAUCUUUGUUUAUGAUAAAAGGGAAACUACAAGGAAACGAAUUGUAUGAUAUCCUUCAAAGAGUUGUAUUGAUUUACAAAUUGUAUGAUAGACUGAGAAACGUUAGAGCCCUUUUUUAAAUAAAGGUAUUAAGAAAGCAUUACGCGGACCUCAAAUGUCGACUUAAUGUUAUCAACGUUUGAUUUUUAGUGUAUGUCAAAUAACUAUGAAAUAACCGGACGGCAUCAGGUGCCCAUACUAUUAGCAGAAAGUACCUUCAUGCUAAAAAAAGCUUCAUACAUGGCAAAAUACCAAGAUUAACACGCAUUGUCUAUAUUGACGCCGAUUUUACAACAUUCUUUGGAGUUUUAUAAACUUAACGAAGAAUGCAAUACGCAAUGAGGUUGAAUGUUCUUACGUGAUGUGCACCUAAAGUGUAUUUAUCUCUCUUUGUGUAGCUUUUAUUUUUAAAGUAAGUGCUGAACAUGAUGCUUUAACAAUGUAUAUGUUUAUUAUAUUAUCAGAGUCAUAUUUCAUGACUCCAAUGUCGUUGAGCAUGCUCAGCUUCUUCUGGUACUGCCAUAUGUGUAUUUGAAUUUGCUAGUUUAUUUUUAAUGCAAUCGUUAAAUUGCGUGUGUUAUUAACCUUUGAAAAGUAUUGUUAUGUGUACAUUAUUUUAGAGCCAUUACUAAUCCUUUCAUAUUUGGAUUAUACUGUAAAGUAUAUUCGCAAGUAGUCCCUUGAAAUAUUGUUCUAUAUGACAAUUAAGAUUUGUUUCGUAUGUAAAAAUCGUAUGCAUGUAUGUAUAUAAAUGUACAAGUAGGCUAUCACAAAAACAUCAUAACGAAAAAGACUCACACAACGACAAAAGUGUUUAUCACUUUUAACUAUAAAGAAACCUUAAAAUUAUCAUACAUGAUUGGUUAGAUAAUUAACAAAGUAACACUAAUACAUCAUGUUAUACUAUGAACUUUAAAAUAUAAUAUUCAUCUUAAAUCAUUCAUUGUUAGAUUUGGAUAGCCCGUAAAUUUCAUAUAAAGGCAAAUCAGUGUACUAAGUUUUAAACACAAUGUAGCGUGUUUAUUUAUAUGGUUGAACUAAGCUAAGCCUAAAAAAUCAUCUUAGCAUGUAUAAUUUAGAUGUAGAUUAUCAGAUGUCAUUAUUAUAUAUAUUUGGUUUAUAUUCCUACAAUUUAACAAACUUAAACAUAUCUGUGGUUACUGAUGCCUUUUCUUCUAAUGUUAAAAGUAUAUAACGAUAUUCAAACUACAUCUGCAAUACAAAUCGCUUGAUUCAUUUAUGUGAUGUUUUAUUUUUAUUUUUUGAAAGAAUGUUCUUGUUGGUUGUUUUUCAUAUUCUGAUAUUGAUAACUAUCUAUUGUACUGAACCAUACUUCUGUUUAACAUUUUAAUCCAGACAUUCUUAAAUAUAUCCUGCAUCAGUUGGUCAGAACAGCAGAAAGGUUUCCAAAGGUUUGAGAAGACGCCACACACAAAUGAUGAUUUAAGCAUGCAUUGUUUAAAAUCAGGAUAGUUUGAAAACAGAUUUUUGAGAUUUUUAUAGGUACUUUUUUGUAACAAAAGUAUCAUGCUGCUGCUCAUCCGUUGUGACAAUCAAAUAUUUAUAUGCAUGUACGAGAACAUGUUGACAACAUUUAUGUUUUGGAUUCAUUGUUUAAAGUGUACACAUGUUUUAUUUCUCCGUCUACCAUGACUAAUUCAAAUAAUCAUUUGCUUUUUCUUUCUUUCAGAAACUGUUUAAAUAUGUUAGUAUUGCUAAUCAGAGAAGUUUAUAAUAAAAGUAUAACCUUU